ACGGCCAAACGGUAUAUAACAAAGACACGGUGCAUUUACAGUUUCUACCCAUUUAAUUAGUCCCAUCGAUUUCAACAAAACAUGAAACUGAAACUAGAUUGAAAAUGGCCGAAGGCGGAAGAUGUGUCCCAAAACUCAAGACUCAUUCAAUCCUCCAUGAUUACACGGUUGAAUGGAGCCAGAAACUUGGUACAGGGAUUAGUGGACCAGUCCGACCAUGUAAGAAGUUGAAGACUGGCAAAAGUUUUGCUCUGAAAUGUUUACCAGAUAAUCCCAAGUCCCAGACGGAAGUGAAUAUACACUUCAUGUGUAGUGGACAUCCUAACGUUGUCAAAGUUCAUGAUGUUUAUGCCAAUGAUCUACAAUUUCCAGGGGACAAACAAGCAAAACCUUUCUUGUUGAUGGUGUUAGAAAUGAUGGAAGGAGGUGAAUUAUUUGACAGAAUUAGUAAACAGAGACGUUUUACAGAGAGAAAAGCUGCACGGUAUUUUAAGAAA